CAAAACAAAACAAAGAGCUUUACGGACCAAUGAGCUCCCUGUUUCGUAGCCUCAACAAUAGUUUUUCGUCGAAGCGCGAAAAUGUCGUGAAGGGAGCGCUGAUAAACACUUUGAACGAGAAUGCCCGCGAGAUCGAGUUUGAGGUCAAGCAGAAGGGAUUGGAGGUUGUGGGGCUGUGCGAGCAGACCAGUGCACUGUGCACCACCUUGGAGGCGGUGUUCCUGCAUGGCCUGAAGGACUCGUUCCUUUGGGCCACCUUCAAUGUGAUUGCGGGCGAUGUGGAGCGACGGCCAGAUCCCAGCUUCUGGUCCCCCUGCAUGGUGUUCAUGCACAAGCAGGUGAUCGAGCAGAUCCAGGGUCUGAGUCAGAUCACCUCGGAGAUUGGCCAGUGCCGCGCCUGGGUGCGCCAAUCGCUCAACGAAUCGGUGUUCUCGUCGUACCUUAACGUCAUGCGGAAGAAUAGCUCUGCCAUGUCGCACUACUACAAGCGACACGCUCUGGCCAAGGAUGCCGAUGGCCUGGAGACGGCUUCCAAGAUUAUGGAGAGUCUAGAGGCCUACGUCCAGUUCGACUUGCCGGUUAACUCGAGCCUGUUAAACCACUGGCCGGACUACUCUUUGCAGCUAUCGGAUCUGUGGACGCCUGCCCUUAAAUCAUGUCCGAUCAGCAGUGGAGUAGACAUAGCCAGCUCCCUGGGCUCCGAUAUUGUGACCAUACCCACCCCACAGCCUCUGCAGACCAAUGAGCUCUUCUCAGAGUCCAUUUCUAACAGCCCCUUCAGCCGGAGCGGCAACUUCGGAGUGCCGGACUUGAGCCAGCGCGAGAACCUCGAACUUCUCAUACAAAAGUUUGACGAAAUGGACAUCAUAAACGAGGAACAGUCCCCGCCCGUAGCAACAGCAGAAACGAGUGAAGCUGGAGAGCCAGUGGCUCCUUCGGGGAGCAACCAGAGGUCCCGGAAGCGGUUCAAGCGUCAUAUAGAAGAGUCCUUCGCCGACCUGGCAGAUGAAGAACUGACCAGUCUGCCCCAUGGCAGCAAUUCCCUGUCCAAUCUCAUGCAGACCUCCUGGUCCGGCGACCUGGAUCUCUCGCCCACGGCCACCGAGCCGUCCGCAUCGCGUCUCUUUCAGCGGUCCGUGAGCAUGAGCAGCUCGAGCAGCCUACGCUCUCCCACCACAGAUCGCUGCAGCUACAACGCCCUGCUGCGGAAGCACGAGAACAACCGCGAAAGUGGAGCUGGUUGGUCGGAGAUUUGGGAGAAGUUUCGGGCCAGUGCCUCCACUUUGAAUGUGGCCCAUGCUCAGCGGGAGAGCGAGCCCCCUGUGUCCGACGACCUGAGUGACUUGCAGUCCCUAGAUACGAACUCCGAAUUUGAGUUGCUCGCCUCGGACUUUGACAUGGCGGAGCUGCAGCAGAUGGUGGCCCAGCUCUGCCAACUGGCGCGGGAGCCUGGUCUGGAUGCCCAGGGAUUUCUGUGCAAGAGCUGUCAGCACCCUCUUGGAAUAGGCUACACUAACUUUCAAGUCUGCGCCUUCAGCGGGAAUUACUACUGCAACAGUUGCAUGGAUGUGGAGUCGCAGCUGAUUCCUGCGCGCAUUAUUUACAAUUGGGACUUUCGCAAGUACAGCGUCAGCAAGCGGGCGGCCACCUUCCUGGCCGAGUUUAGGUCGCAGCCAUUUCUGGACAUGCAGCUGCUAAAUCCCAGCAUUUACUUUGCCUCCGAUGCAAUGGCCGAACUCCAGUCGUUGCGCAUUCGGCUCAACUUUAUACGCGCAUACCUUUACACGUGUGCGCCGACCAGCAUUGAGCUCCUGCAGAAUUUCUUCUGCGGCCGGGAGUACCUUUACGAGCAUAUACACCAGUACUCGAUAGCGGAUCUGGGUCUGAUUCAGCGGGGCGCGCUGUGCCAGCAGCUACAGAAGGCUUUCAAGAUGGGCGAGGCGCACGUACUUAAGUGUCGUCUGUGCCAGCUGAAGGGCUUCAUCUGCGAGAUAUGCCAGAGUCCUAGGGUACUCUAUCCCUUCCACAUUAGCACCACAUUUCGGUGUCUGGCCUGCGGUGCUGUAUUUCAUGCGGAGUGUCUUAACGAGCAGCAGCCAUGUCCCAAGUGCGAGCGACGACGCAAGCGCGAGGAUCAAGGCCUCCAAGAGGCCGUGCAAACCCUCAAGGAAAAGCAUGAGACGGCCUAGGAUAAAAUCCGAUAGUUUUGUUAACGAAUAAGUUUGUAAAAGUGCGAUAUAUUAUUAUGGCUAACCCCAAGAAAGGCUUUACUUUACCUUUAAACUAGAUUUAAGUGCUUUACUGUUAUGUUAUGGCUUGUCUUGUCAGCAUUUGCACACACUUUACUCAAAUAUCCACUAUAUACACAUACAUAUAUAAUCGUUUAUAUAGUAGAUAUCGAUUGACUUGCCGCGUUCGUUGCGUCAACUUUGGGCCAAGCCAAUGACAAGUUCAAAGUUUGCUCAAAGUUUUCGGAAUGAUUUUGGAAUUUAUUUAUCUGAUAACUGCAAUGAUUCUGAUUCGGAUGCUGAAUAAAACGUUAUGUUAAAUGCUGGAUAA